GUGUGGAAGGAUUCGGGGAGUUAGUGCGAUAGAUUCGCGAUGUGGCGGUGGUGGUGUCUGUUGGUGGUGCUUGUGGUGGUGUGGUCGGCGCCGGCGGAGGCGGUGGUGGGGGGGCAGCCGGCCGCGCCGCCGGAGCCUGACGCAGCCGUGGUCUUUGUCCAGAAGCAUGGCCUCAGCGCCCGCCUUGAAGGACUGAAGGACGAACGCCUGGGAUACUACAGCUUCUUUGGAAUAAGAUAUGCAGAACCUCCAGUGGGCCAGCGAAGGUUUCAAAGGCCGGUUCGUCGGUACUUGGGCGGCGAUGUUGCAGCUAAGCUGGGUUGUAUGCCGUGCCCGCAACCUAACCCUCGUAAUCCGAACAUGAUCAUUGGGCAUGAGGACUGCCUCUGCGUCAAUGUCUUUGCUCCCAAAAUGCCUGGUGAAGAGCAAGGAAGUCCUGUUGUUUUCUUCAUACACGGAGGUAAUUAUAGAGGAGGGUCAUCAUCGCCAUAUGGUGGUCAACACUUGACACAAAAGGACACAAUCCUAGUGACAGCUCAGUACAGGUUGGGAUCACUUGGCUACUUCAGUACUGCUGAGAGAGAUGCUUCGGGUAAUGCUGGUUUGUUCGACUUACGAUCCGCCAUGAUCUGGAUCAAAGACUACAUCGAGUUCUUCGGCGGCGAUCCAACGCGUGUUGUCGUGAUGGGCCAGGGAUCUGGUGGCAGUGCAGCGUCGCUUAUGGCUCUGUCCAACGAGGGGCGGAGUGCCACGGGGGUCGCGGCUUUGUCGGGCGCUCCACUGUCCCCUGGCGCGGUCAAACCUGACCCAGCCAAGUACGCCAAGGAACUAGCGAAAAGAACUGGCUGUCCAGAUGACCCUGCAGAAAGACUGAUCAGGUGCUUGAGGGAACUACCUAUGGAGAAGAUAGUUAAGGCGGAUUCGGAAAUGUCAAUGGACAAUGUAGACACCAAGCAAUUCUUAGACGAAAUAUCCGGACGUUCAGGUAACGGAGCCCGAGUGGAGGGCGAGGAUGACCUGCGGGCGCUGCCGCCGCUGGUGGCGGAGGCGCCGGCGGAGUCGCUCGCCAAGAAGAAGCAGCGAGUGCCACUGCUCACAGGAGUCACCUCAGCCGAGACUUCUCGCGCUGUCUUCGGAAAAUACAAUAAAUUCCUGACCACGCAGCUGACGGAAGUGAAAGACUUUAUAAAGCAGGAGUUGAUAGCUGGUCUGAAGGACGUGGUGACGGGAGUGCGCGGGCUGGUGGCCAUACCGGCGGAGACGCUGAAGCAGGUGCUGCCGCUACCAGACUACUACCAGGCCGUGUUCGACAGCUCGCUGAACGCCAUCGAUGGACUCGAUGAGAUUGCUGAAGCUACAGGGGACGCGCUGUUCAACUUCCCGGCGUACCAGAGCGUGCGCGAGUGGAGCGCCGGCGCAGACAGCCCCGCCUACCUCUACAGCUUCGAGCAUCUAGGGAAUCUGACCAGGGGUUCGCACUUCGUGCCUGGACUUGCACUCACUUCAGAACUCGAUGAUGCUAAAAUGGAAGGGAAGACAGCCAAAGGUCCCGCGCACGGGGACGAGCUGGCUUAUAUCUUCGAACCCCUAGACGACCAGGGCAAGUCUCUAGGGGGCGAAGUCUCCAGUACUGACGCAAGGGUCCGGGAGAACUUCGUCGGCCUGAUAGCGAAGUUCGCCCACGACCUCAGCCCUAUGGAGAAGAACAACAAGUCUGGAACCCUGAAUCUUAUGCCAUUCUCCAAGAACAACGAUCAGUUCAUUAAGAUCAAGGAUGAGAUUACUUUGGAUAAGGAUUUCAGGUUUUGCCAAAUGGGUCUCUGGGGCAACAUGGCGGACCGCGUAACGGGAGCCCUAUGCAAAAACGUCAUUGGCAAUUUGCUGAAACUUCCGAAGCUGCCUGUCCCCCUACCAGUGACCCCGAAGGUGCCGAUAUUGCCCAAUGUCAUCGGAGGUCUUGUUUCGAAUAACCAAGACUCUCCCAAAGAAGUUUUUCAGGUCACGAGAAGACCCACUAAUGCACCUAAACGACCAGGACUAGGAGGUCUUCUAAACGGCUUAUAAAUAAUACUAUCAAAUUUUAUUACCAAAUAAAAUGAUUAAGAUUUUAA